UACUGUAAAUAUCAGAACACUAGAUUUUAGUCAGAGAACACUUCUCAUAACUAUAUUAUAAUAUUCUCAAAUUGAUAUUCCCUUGUGUUGGUUAAUCGUUUGUGUGAUUAAGAACCUUAAUUGUGAAACAAUAUCGGCGCUUUGUGAAACAUUUUCCUGUGUGCAUUUCAACCUCUACUAUUCCAUCAUUCACAGUCCACUCCAUGGAACGAAGAGAGCAAAAAGGGACUAAUCGAGUGACAACCCAACAGCUCUCAAGAAUGGCAAGCGCCCUGGAAUCAGCACCGGAAGUCGCGAAUAACGGAGUGAGGGGUCCGCAGACGGUAUUUUGGAGAAAAGUUGCUAAAGAACUGAACGAACUUGGACCCGUGGUUAGAGAUACGACAUCAUGGAAGAGGGUUUGGUUUGACUUUAAAUUUAGCGUAAAGAAACGAGUAAAACAACACAACGAGGACGUAGAGGAUGGUGUUUACCCAAGGCAGCUUUCCCCUAUACAGGCAAGAGUUGCAAAACUGUUAAACAUGGAAGUCAAGAAAUCGAAGUUGAUACAAGCCGCAGGCUCCAGUUCCGAAGAGAUGCACAGCGAUGAGACAAUCGGCUUCAAAGAUGAAACGUUCGAUCGGGAAGAUUCAAACCCGCUGGCCAAUAUGAUGCGAGAUGCGUCCGAUGACACGAUGAACCCGUUAACGACGCGCUCCUCACCAAGAGUGAUCAGUUCGUGUCAUAAACGACUGGAAAAGCUUCCCAACAUUACCAUUGUAAAGCAAAGGCAUGAUCAAGAUCCCUUAGCCAACGGUGCUGCUAACAGCGUUGCCGCCGAUGAAGAGUCCAACGCUAUACCAUGCAGUACAUCCCGGAAAAGGGCAAGAGAUGCAAACUUUCAUAAAGCUCUGGAAACUAACAAAGCAAUGAUUGCUGUGGUAAAUGCAUCUCUGAUCGCUAACAAGGAACUUACCGAUGAGAUGCGAGCAAUGACGAAAUCCUGCAACGAACUGAACGAAAAUAUGAAGAAUAUGAAUAGUACGAUGCGGGAAUUGAUAGAAGUAUUAAAACACAAAUAAACGAAUGCAUUUAC